CCAGCUUUUCGAUCGCGUCCCUUGGAGCGUUUCUGCUCUGGCCAUUACGGUGCAUGCUCAUGUACCUGCAGAACCGCCCGAUUCAUGACAACCACCCGUGUUCGAGAAUCUCAAAUCACAUAAUCGAACCUACCCACCAGCCGAAACCCAAUUGACAACUACGACACAAAACACUCGCCAAAUAAACACCAGCGCCUCGAUCCCACCCACCCACCAUGCCCAUCACCAUAGUCCACGAGUCGCUCCCAUACGUGGACCCCGAGCCCACCGCGGCCGAGCGCGCCGCGGCGGAAGCCCUCAUCGCGCACGAGCGCACCCUCGAGCCCGACGACCCGCACCACAUCCACCUCCCGCCAGCACCCACCCCCACCGCCUUCCUCACCCCGCUCCUCACCGCCGAACUCACCCGCAUCGCCAGCACCAACCCCGAAGGCACCCCCUCCAAGGCCAAGCUCGCCGCCCUCGACCUCGCCCGCUACGAAGCGCCCGACCCGCCCUCCCCCACCACCCUCUCCGCCCUGCCCCCCUCGGAAGCCCGCGCCCAGCUCCAAGACCUCCUGUCCCGCGCGUACGCAUCGCACGGCUACGUCGCCUCGCGGCGCGCGCACCUCGCGCUGCUGGAAGCGUACGGCAAGAACGCGUGGCUGGUGGGCAACGCCGGGUUGGAGGCGGAGGUGCGAGCCGCCGAGGCCGAGCUGUCGGCGGCGCGGCGCGAGGUGGACGCGACGACGCUGCGGCGGCGGCAGGCGCAGGACGCGGUGGCGGGGGAGAUGGCAUCGCUGGAGGAGGCGUGGAAGAGGGGGGUGGGGAGGGUGCUGGAGACGGAGGCGGCGGUGGAGGGGUUGAGGAGGGAGGGGCUGGGGUUGAGGAGGUUGUUGGCGGAGGGGGUGUAAGUGGUUAUUUG